GAUUGGCGCAACGAGUUCGCGCAACAAGCUUACGAGCAAAUGGUUGAAAUAGCGGCAACUCAACCAGCGCCCACUGAAGAUGAGCCCGAAGAGCCUGCUGUCGAUCCUACACAGUACCCCCGAGACUUACCUGUUAUGACGCAAGUACUCGGGGAACGAUCUCGGCAUCUUAGAGGCUUUGGCCAUCUCCCCAGACUGAAGGGAGUUGGGGCCAAAAGAGCACCUGCCACGCAUCCUUCAGCCCAACCGACUGUUACAAUGGAACAGUACGAGGCUUUACAGAAAAAAGUGGAGGAAGCGGAGCAGACAACUCAACAUACGAGGCAGCAGUAUGAGACACAACAACUCUACCUCAGACGAUUCCAAGAUCAGUUUGAGUAUCUUUCUCGAGCUGUGCCGGGUUUCAACUUGCCUCCCAUGGAUCUUCCACCAUUGCCCACUCCUGGUGCUGGAUCGUCGGCUGCUGCUGGUGCUGGAUCGUCAUUGCAGCCUCCCGAGACUCAGAGAAACAACGAUGACGACAUUACCCGCCUAUAGAACUGUACUUUUUUUUAUUAUCCGGUUCGAACAUUUAACAUUUUGUUUAUAUACUGAUUUUAGUAGUAAUUAAUGUUGGUUUAUCUUUUAAUGUAAAUUAUGUUGGUUUAUUUUGUUAAUAUAAUAUUAUAAUUAUUUAAAAAAAUUUAAUUAAUUAUAUUUAAUUAAUUAAUAUUAUAAUUAAUUAAAUAUAAUUAAUUAAAUUUUUUUAAAAAUAAAAUUUAAUACUUUUGCC